UUCGCAUGGUUCACAUGGUUUACAUGGUUCGCAUGCUUCCACUCACCUACUAGUUAUAAUCCCUUGGAAGGAUUCCCAUUUUGGGUCCAUAUUGCAAAUCCGUCGGUAUCGCUGUCUUGCGACGGCAUCUGUUUGAGUAUUUUCCAGAUGUUUCGCCAAAGGACUAGUUCACAGAAGCCUGGCGAUGAAUUGCUUGCCAACUUCCGACAACAAUUUCCCGAGAUCACGGCAGUAGCCUCGUCUACGGUAUCGGGAGCGCCAGCGCAAACUGUGACUGCUGAUAACUCGGUUCUUGUUGCGCCGGGUCCAGAACCACAUCAAGGUACAACUCAAGAUGUAUACCGAGAUCAGGAUCCCACACCACGGGCUUCAGGUGCGGAAUGGAGGUUUACGCCUUCGUUGAUGGAUCCCAACUCCUUCUCUUUUAGCACCUUCGCAAACCAACCGCCGGGCUACUACACGCCUACGCCUGGCGGUACCAAUACGAUUUACCAUCCGCAAGCAGGCGACUUGCACACCCCCUCGAUGGGAAUGGGGAUGGGACUCGGCACCCCGCUGUCGCUUCCAACUAGCGAAGGCGCCAUCCAAGCUGGACCGGCCAUGAUGGACCUCACCCAAUUUCAUCACGGUAUACCGCCACACCACUUUCCGCAGCCUUUCAAUCCGUUCAUCCAGCCGACUCCUCCCCAACCUUCGUUUGCGCCUUCGUCAUUCGUGCAUCAGGACACCGGAUACGAGACGAUGGACCACGAUGGAUCGCCUCUUGACUCGGAUAGCCACGAGGAACACAUGGGUUCGAUGGGAGCUACAUUCCAUUCGCAAUCACCACCUAAUAUGCUCGGUUUCCAACAUAGACAUUUUGGAGCGCCCAUGACCCACUUGUUACCCCCUUCGGCUGAUAAGUUCCGUUUCCAUUCGACAUUAAACGCGCCGACGGCGAUGAUCAAACACGCCGACGAAAUCCCAGUAACAUACCUAAAUAAAGGCCAAGCCUACUCACUAGCAGUAAUUGAUACAGCGGGUACUUUACCCAUCGCACCCGGUACCAAGUAUCGAACGUUCGUGCGCAUAUCCUUCGAAGACGACCAACAACGGCAAAAGCCGGGCGUCUGCUGGAGUUUAUGGAAAGAGGGCCGAGGGACCAACGAGGCGCAUCAACGAGGCGGCAAGUUACAAGCAGUUGAGUAUGUUGAGGCCGGGCAGCCCGCAGAGGGCGAUGAUAAACGCACCCGCAUUGAACUAGAGACCGCUUCCUUCGACGGCUUCUCGGUUGUUUGGACUCCUGGUUUAAAUGGUGCUGCGGAAUGCAAUAUCGCAGUUCGCUUCAACUUCCUUUCUACCGAUUUCAGCCAUUCCAAGGGAGUUAAAGGCAUCCCGGUAAGACUUUGCGCUAAGACUACUGCCUUGUCAUCGAAUGAUUCACCACCCUUGUCAGACCCUGCAUUCGAGAUCUGCUACUGCAAGGUCAAGCUAUUCAGGGACCAUGGAGCGGAACGGAAGCUCUCUAACGAUGUCGCCCAUGUUAAGAAGACGAUUGACAAACUCAAGCAGCAGAUAGCUCAAGCAGAAAGCGGGGCCAAGGAUUUCGGAAAGCGCAAACGGGGUGGCGGUUCACAUGCAAAGGGACAAGAGCAUCAACGUCCAGGGAAAGCACCGAAGCACAAGAGAACAUGGUCGAUGUCAUCAGCUAGCUCCGGUGGCGGGGGCGGGCGACCCUCGCUCGAAGACGACUUGCACUUCAAAUUACAAACACUACAGGAUAUGUUCACAAGCACCCGACCGGUGAGCAUCUUGUACUUGCGCGGCGACGACUUGGAUGAUCCGGACUUACAUCCGGUGAGCCUACCUGGUGAACCUACUGAUCUCACGAAAGUCGAAUCAAAGGAUGGCCCUGCGUGGCGUAGCGGGCGAAGUUCAGUUACUGGAUCAUCGCUUGUCUCUCCUUCGCCAAGUUCCAUGUCACUACAUUCGCAAUCAGCUAGCACGAACCAAUGGAACGACUUUACAAGUGGUGGAGACGCGCCAACCGGAAGACGACCGUCCGACAAGCCCGUUAAGGUCCGCAAAGUAGACGAUGAUGGAAACCUGAGCGGCUGGAUAGAAGUGCUGGAAGUCGAUCCAUUAUACAAACCACCCACCGAAAGACCUGCGAAGCCCAUCGCAUGCUUCUAUGUCGCCCGACGAUACCCAUCCGAACCCGAAAAACGCGAGCUCCACCGAGCAGUCUACCUAACUCGAAGGACAACAUCGGAGUUUGUGUCUCGAAUAUCGACCAAGUGGGCCAUCGACUCCUCAGCCGUCGUACGGGUCAUCCAUGUCCUUGAAAGCGGGCUAGAAGUGGAAGUAGACGACGACGUAAUUCAAGCAUUAUCGGAAGGCCAAGAUAUGACACUCGAAAUUGCUGAGGUGGAUCGAAGCAUACCCCAGCCUAAGCAGGAAUGGGAAAUGAUGACUGUUGAACGGUCCGAAGGCGACCGUAACUCACAACACAGCGUAUUUCGCACAACAACGGGCUACGAACUACGACUUACAUUUUAAAUUCUAUUGGCGCUUGGUAAACAUUUGACGAGGAUUCAUUUUAUUUUUUUAUUAUUUCAAGGAUUAUAUUCUAGGGCUGGGAGACCAUCAUCCGGAACCGGGGUCUACCAUCAUCAUAUCUAUUGACGAACAUGAGUACUUAUACCCAGCGAACCUCCGGCGGGAUUUUGAUUUAU